CUAAUUGUGUAACGAACAUCGAUAGGUGAAAAUGGUGGGAGUUGGACGAUGACACUCGAAGAAUCACCGUGCACACGAUCAGUUCUUAUAUCGCCACGGUUACGGCGAAGCUCUUCUGUCGCGAGAUGCUCGUUUCUACGCAAAUGUACUUGUUCACCGCACUGUUCCUCGGAGUUUUUGGUAUCAACAGGGAGCCACAGGGCCCAAUCCAGGAAGCCAUCCAGAAUGGUGUAGCGGCGCGAUACAACAAGGAAAAUUGCAUCUGGAGACGAGGGAAUGACAAAGAUUCGUGUCCCGAUCCGGACGUUCGAAUCUAUCUUUACACGAAUGAUAGACCGAAGCGAGAACUCGACUCGAGGGAGUCCGACUGGCUGCGUCAGGAUUAUGAUCCAACGAAAGAAAAUGUUCUUCUUAUACACGGAUAUGCAGGUGGUGACGACACCCUCCCUAUAUCCGUUCUUCGCGACGCCUAUAUCCGAAACGGCAGCUACAACGUGUUCCUGGUAGAUUGGGGUGCCCUUUGCGCCUCACCCUGUUAUCCAGCAGCCGUAUCGAACCUUCGUCCAGUUGCUCGUUGCCUAGCAGCCAGCCUGACCACCUUACGAAACCUUGGUCUACCCAUCUCGAGGACAACCUGCGUGGGACACUCGUUAGGCGCCCAUAUCUGCGGGAUUAUGGCGAACUUUCUACUGUUCAGGAUGCACAGAAUAAUCGGUUUAGACCCGGCCAGACCCCUCGUACGUCCCGGAUACGUGAAUCGGUUGGACAGCGGCGAUGCGGACUUCGUCCAAGUGAUCCACACGAACGCCGGAUAUUACGGGGAGGGUGGGCGCAUGGGGCACGUGGAUUUUUGCGUGAACGGUGGAAAAGUGCAACCAUUCUGCGAGAACAAGCCGAAUUAUCAACUGUGCAGUCACGUCUGGGUCGUUUGUUACAUGGCAGAGAGCAUCGACAAUGGGGGCCAGAAUUCGAUGGCCGAGCCGUGCACGAGGAGGUGCCCUUCCGGGCCGAGGAUCGCUCUCAGAGCCGGUGAAUAUGUGACAAUGGGGCAGCACACACCGGUCGGAACCAGGGGCUCUUUUUGCUUCACCAGCAAGUAUCCACCUUAUUGCCCUAAAUAUAGGAACGGGCGUGGUGACGAGAGAUGUUGCGUACCGGAAGACAAGCCUGCCACGUUCUAGUGACAACGAGAAAAUUAUUGUAAGUUAUUGUAAAAGGGAUAUAAUUCAAGACUGUACAUAAAACACAUGAAACAUAAUAGAAUAAGACGACUCUCUUAACAAGAAUUAAUAAAUUAUUAUUAACAAAUUAGGUAUUCAUAGAUCGAUAUUUUCUUGUUUUAUAUAGAAAUAUUCGAACAAUUAUUCGUACCAAAUUUUAGAAUAUAAGGAAAAAAAUGUUAAGAAAUUUAAAUUUAUCAUUAGUGAGCAAAGGAACGUGUUUAUAUCGUUUUAUAAUCUUAUCAUUAUUAAAACAAUCAGAAUAUGAACUCGUUAGCUAAUCAAAAAAAUAUGUACAAUAAUUUUAUGACAAUUAGGAACAAUCAGGAAUGCCAGUUAACACAAAACGUUCGGUAUUUAUUCAAAUGGAAAAUAAUUAUAUCACUCACGGUUAAAAAAUACACAUAGCACGUUGUUUGUAUUACGAAUUAAUUGAUAUUUAAAAAAACAGUGUAUGAAUGGUAUUCCUCGUUGCUUAAGCAUACAGGUGUCCGAGGACAAGUGGAUCUUCGUACGGUAUCGCGACGCGUGUAGUCCAAUUCCGGAACAUGAUUGCGUAUUCAGCCCCGGUACAUACCACCCGGAAAAAUCUUACGUUCGUGAUCUACCGACCUAUCAAUCCCGUUAACCGCUCCACUGAACCUCCUAUAAAUGUAUUCAUGACAAUGUCCACCAAGCGGACAACUGUUUUGUCAAUCUUUCCUUGCGAAGCGCCGUUGUGCAACCGAUUGUUCCAAUGAUUUGCACGUUCGUGUAAUGUUCGUGUAAUGAUAACCAAUUUCCUUGAUAAAGUUGCAUAACGUUCUAAUUUGUUGCUUCUAAUUGAUUGCGAAAAAGAAACAGCGGUUUCGAGGUCUCCCAACAUUGUACACCUGCAAAUUAAGAAACAUUGUUAGAAAAAAUUAUCAAUGAAAAAUGUGUUCUUACCUUUUUGAAUGUUUUGUUAUUUAUUUCGACAGAGUUUGCUUCUUUCCAUUCUAAUUGUUUCAUUGUUGAGAAAUUCUUCGUAUAGCUUUAGUUUAAAGAUCUUCUUUUUUUAUCGUUUUUAAAUUAAUAUCUUAUUCUUAGAAUGAUUUUUAUUAAAAGAUUCAAGAAUAAUGUGAUGAAUAAUGAUCUUUCUUUAUAAGAAAUUAAUAUGUACUUUCUUAUUGUACGAUAUCUAAUGUAACAUAUGUAAGAAAUAAAUAAAACUCAAAACUGAA